UUGCCAGGUUCUCAAGCCAUCUGCCCGUAACAUAUUUAUCUCCGUCUCUUUCCUUUCUGCAACAGACCUCCAACCGCAAAAAUGGAAGCCAUCAAGAAAAAGAUGCUAAUGCUGAAGUUGGACAAGGAAAAUGCCUUGGACCAAGCUGAACAAGCAGAAUCAGACAAGAAGGGAGCAGAAGAGAGAAGCAAACAACAUGAAGAUGAACUUAUUCAAAUGCAAAAGAAGCUGAAGUCCACAGAGGAUGAACUUGAUAAAUAUUCUGAAGCUUUAAAGGAUGCUCAGGAAAAGCUUGAAGUUGCUGACAAAAAAGCCGCUGAUGCUGAGGCAGAAGUGGCUUCCUUGAACAGACGCAUCCAGCUGGUUGAGGAGGAGCUGGACAGAGCUCAGGAGAGACUCGCAACUGCACUGCAGAAACUGGAAGAAGCUGAAAAGGCAGCUGAUGAGAGCGAGAGAGGUAUGAAGGUGAUUGAGAACAGGGCUCUCAAAGAUGAGGAGAAGAUGGAGCUCCAGGAGAUCCAGCUCAAAGAAGCUAAACACAUUGCAGAAGAAGCCGAUCGCAAGUAUGAGGAGGUUGCUCGUAAGCUGGUGAUUGUGGAAGGAGAGCUGGAACGUACAGAGGAGAGGGCAGAGCUGGCUGAGGCUAAAUGUGCAGAACUGGAGGAGGAACUGAAGAAUGUCACCAACAACCUCAAAUCUCUGGAGGCCCAGGCUGAAAAGUACUCUCAAAAAGAGGACAAGUAUGAGGAGGAAAUCAAGAUCCUGACUGACAAGCUGAAAGAGGCUGAGACCCGAGCGGAGUUUGCUGAGAGAUCCGUAGCCAAGCUGGAGAAGACUAUUGAUGAUUUAGAAGAUGAGCUUUAUGCUCAGAAACUCAAGUACAAAGCCAUCAGUGAAGAACUGGACCACGCACUCAAUGACAUGACCUCUAUCUAAAUUUCCAGCAGCUCUGUCUGUGGUCCAUCUCCUUGGUUCCUUGACCCUUCUCCAUCUUCCACUGAUCAUUGGAUCCACCAUUUUCCAACAGUUCUACUGAUCAAAUAGCAAUUAUUUGCAUUGUUCUUUAUUACUGCACCAUUGUUAACAAAAAUGCAACGGAAAAAAAUAAAACCCAGGGUUAAUGUCUGUC